AGAAAAUUUUAUUGAGCAUUCGACCGUGUUGGUGACGAAAGUGGUCUUCGGUUCGAUACAUAUAAAAGAAAGAAAAUUUUCUGAAAUAAAAAUAUUAAAUUCUUAAUAAUCUAAUAAAUUUUUUUACUUUCAAACAUGAAUGAAGAGUAUGAUGCAAUUGUUCUUGGUACCGGUUUGAAGGAGUGUAUCUUAAGUGGUAUGCUAUCUGUAUCGGGAAAGAAAGUUUUGCAUAUCGACCGAAACAAGUACUAUGGCGGUGAAUCAGCUUCGAUUACACCGUUGGAGGAAUUAUUUCAACGUUACAACGUUGAGGCUCCUGGUGAAAAAUAUGGGCGUGGUCGUGAUUGGAAUGUUGAUCUCAUACCAAAGUUUCUUAUGGCCAACGGGCAAUUGGUCAAAUUGCUAAUCCAUACGGGCGUAACUCGUUAUCUUGAGUUCAAAUCCAUUGAAGGGAGCUAUGUGUAUAAAGGGGGGAAAAUUGCGAAGGUUCCAGUUGAUCAAAAAGAAGCCUUAGCUUCUGAUUUAAUGGGUAUGUUUGAAAAACGUCGUUUCCGCAACUUUUUGGUUUACGUUCAGGACUUCAAGGAAGACGAUCCAAAGACCUGGAAGGACUUUGAUCCAUCUAAAUCGAACAUGCAGGCCCUUUAUGACAAAUUCGGUUUGGAUAAAAAUACACAGGAUUUUACUGGUCACGCACUGGCUCUCUUCCGAGAUGAUGAGUAUUUGAAUGAGCCAGCUGCAAAUACCAUUCGUCGUAUUAAGCUUUAUUCAGAUUCACUGGCCCGAUAUGGAAAGUCGCCGUACUUGUAUCCUAUGUAUGGACUUGGUGAAUUGCCGCAAGGCUUUGCACGUUUGUCUGCCAUAUAUGGUGGUACUUAUAUGUUAGAUAAACCUAUUGAUGAAAUCGUACUCGGUGAAGGUGGCAAAGUAGUCGGCGUACGCUCUGGAGAUGAAGUCGCCAAAUGCAAACAAGUCUACUGUGACCCCAGUUACGUACCUGAUAAGGUACGCAGGAAGGGUAAAGUAAUCCGAUGCAUUUGCAUCUUGGAUCAUCCAGUUGCGAACACGAAGGAUGCUCUAUCUACUCAGAUAAUCAUUCCUCAAAAGCAAGUUGGACGGAAAUCAGACAUUUACGUUUCUGUUGUCAGUUAUACUCACCAGGUAGCUGCUAAAGGUUGGUUUGUGGGUAUGGUGUCAACUACUGUAGAAACUGAUCAGCCCGAGAAUGAGAUAAAGCAUGGGUUAGAUUUAUUGGAGCCAAUUGCACAAAAGUUUAUCACGAUCUCUGACUAUUUGGAGCCGAUUGACAAUGGUAUUGAUUCGCAGAUUUUUAUUUCUGAAUCUUAUGAUGCUACUACGCACUUUGAGACAACUUGUUUGGAUGUAUUGGAUAUAUUCAAACGUGGAACUGGUGAAGAUUUUGAUUUUUCAAAAAUUAAACAUGAACUUGGUGAUGAGGACCAGUAAAUUACAAUACUAAAGAGAUUUUGUUGUGCACGAUAAAGUAGUGGAAUGAAAGUUAAUAUACCAUGAUGUAUGGAGAAGAUGAAUCAAAACUGCGUAUGAUAUAAAACAUAUAAUCAGAUCAUUAUUAUAAAUGCUUGAAUCAGCCAAUCAAACUGUUACAGCGAAAUAUUAAUAAAUAAUGAGGGAUAUGGAUGCUUGACACAGACAUUGCGCUUACAUCUUAUAAAUCAUAUUUUAUAAAUCAUUAUCAAAAAGAAUAAAAUGCAAUAAAAACAAAUGCACAUCAAAAUCUAAUGUGAGCGCCAAAGCUAUAUGCUUACAUGUCACUAAACUUUCUUUCGUUUUGAAGGUUUUCAACUUGAAAUUUUAUUCAUUCCAUGGCAUAUACAUACAUAUAAAGUCUAAUUUUAUCAGCGUGCUUUUCUAAAAAUUUUUGUUUGUCAUUAUUUAUAAUAUAAUAGUUUUGCACAGACUCAAACCCCUUCAACUCUUCAAACAAAAAAUGGAAAUAAAUAAAUAAAAAAAGAACAUAACCAGUAAGACAUUUCAAAUGGAAAAACAUAGGUGUGCAAUUAUGUGCAUAACGUAUGGGUAAUUAUUAUAUUUGUACCCACAAUUUUGCUUAAAGUGUAUCAUGGUUUUUCCACAGAACAUAUAAAUAUAUAAUUACGAGGAAUGCUAACAUUGCGUUUA